AUGAGUACAGACACAAUAGGAGCUGCCAUCGUUGGGGCCGGCAUCAAAGGAAUCACCCUGGCCCUUGGCCUCAUGUCUCGCGGCAUCCCUGUCCGCGUUUACGAGCGAGCCCGCGAUUUUCACGAAAUCGGAGCGGGCAUCGGCUUCACUCUCAACGCCGAAUGGGCAAUGAAAGUGGUCGGCCCGCAUAUCCACGCUGCAUUCAAACGCGUCGCUAUGCCUAAUGCUUCGGACUGGUUCCAGUGGGUGGACGGAUUCAACGAGUCCGGUACCGACCCGCGGGAGACCGAGGAACAGCUGCUUUUCAAGAUCUACCUAGGCGAGCGUGGAUUCGAGGGCUGUCACCGUGCCCAAUUCCUGGGUGAACCAGCACGUCUACUCCCUGAGGAUGUUGUUACCUCUCACAAGGCGCUGGAUACUGGGAAUAAGGCCGAUGUGGCGGCUGCCUUCUCCCACUUUGGCCCUACCAUGCGCACCAUAAUUGACCUGCUGCCCGAUCCUAUUGAUCAAUGGGCUGUUUUUAAUACGUACGACCAACCCCCGGAUAAAUAUUCUCGGGGAACGGUUUGUAUAGCUGGCGAUGCAGCUCAUGCGGCGGCUCCGCAUCACGGCGCGGGUGCGGGCUGUGGCGUGGAAGACGCGGCUGUGCUAUGCGCUGUGCUUGAUAUGGCUGUGAAGAGAGUGGGUGCUACGAAAGGCGGUUCUGGGGGGAAUGCCGCUCUUAUCACCAUCGCAUUCGAGACUUAUGAUGCUGUUCGUUGCGAGCGCGCGCAGUGGCUGGUUGAAAGUAGCCGCAUUAUCGGUAAUCUAUACGAGUGGCAGGAUAAUGAGGUCGGGGCGGAUGCCUCUAAGUGCCAUGAUGAGGUGUAUUGGCGUUCUCACCGUAUUUGGGACUAUGACAUUGAUGCUAUGAUGAGGAAGACGGCUAAGGUGUUUGAGGCGCGGGUGGCCGAGGUGGCGAAUCAUUAG